GAGGAGGAUCCCCGGGAGCCGGUGAGAAACCGAGUUGAGGGCACAGAGACCAGCUCAGGGCUCCCGGGAGCGACGGGCUGGGGCGAGGCUGGAAGAUGAAGGUUCUGUGGGCUGCGCUGGUGGUCACGCUCCUGGCAGGAUGCUGGGCCGAUGUGCAGCCGGAGCCGGAGCUGGAGCGCGAGCUGGAGCCGAAGGUCCAGCAGGAGCUGGAGCCAGAGGCCGGGUGGCAGACUGGCCAGCCCUGGGAGGCGGCGCUGGCCCGCUUCUGGGAUUACCUGCGCUGGGUGCAGACGCUGUCUGACCAGGUGCAAGAGGGCGUGCUCAACACCCAGGUCACCCAGGAACUGACGACGCUGAUGGAUGAGACCAUGAAGGAGGUGAAGGCCUACAAGGCGGAGCUGGACGAGCAGCUGGGCCCCAUGACCUCGGAGACGCAGGCCCGCGUGGCCAAGGAGCUGCAGGCGGCGCAGGCCCGGCUGCGCUCGGACCUGGAGGACGUGUGCAACCGCCUGACGCAGUACCGUGGCGAGCUGCAGGCCAUGCUGGGCCAGAGCAGCGAGGAGCUGCGGGCGCGCUUCGCCUCCCACAUGCGCAAGCUGCGCAAGCGGGUGCUGCGGGACGCCGAGGACCUGCAGAGGCGCCUGGCCGUCUACAAGGCCGGCGUGCGCGAGGGUGCCGAGCGCAGCGUGAGCAGCAUCCGCGAGCGCCUCUGGCCGCUGCUGGAGCAGGCCCGCGAGCGCAACGCCAAGGUGGGCGCCCUGGCCACCCAGCCGCUGCUCGAGCGGGCCGACGCCCUGGGCCAGCAGCUGCGCGGGCAGCUGGAGGAGGUGAGCAGCCGGGCCCGCGGCCACCUGGAGGAGAUGCGCGAGCAGAUACAGGAGGUGCGGGUGAAGAUGGAGGAGCAGGCCGACCAGAUACGCCAAAAGGCCGAGGCCUUCCAGGCGCGCCUCAAGAGCUGGUUCGAGCCCCUGCUGGAAGACAUGCAGCGCCAGUGGGACGGGCUGGUGGAGAAGGUGCAGGCGGCCGUGGCCACCAUCCCCACCCCUAAACCUGUGGAGGAACCAUGAGCCCCCCGCAUGCCACCUGCUGCCCCCCCCAACUCCUUCCCUUGCCCCCUGCCUGCUCCCACCGGCCUCCAGGAGGCCUGCCCCUGCCCCCAGCUGUCCUCCUGAAAGGGCCCUAGCUUAAUAAAGAUUCACCAAGCUCCACAGCA